AUGAGGUUUAGCAGCAUGCUGGUCGCCACAAUCUUUAACUUUCUAUCGACUUUCUGCCAACAAAUCAUUGGCUGCUCACUUCCCAUCGAAAUUUCCUCUAUUUUCCCUCAACAAACAGUAAUGCGCGACUCGAGGAUCUUCGCACCAAUAGGCCCUGCUCUAUCGACGACUGAACGGACUGUCUUCGGCCCCCUAGGAUGCGUUGUCUACGGCUACCCCUCCACUGGCGGGGUUCUCAUCAAAGAGGCUGCUGACCUGGUCGACAUGCUGUUCCUAUCAGUCUCCCGCUCCCAUGCAUCACAGCGCUCACCCAGUGUCGACGAAGAAGACCGAUUCUGUUAUCUCAUGCGACGCACUGGUGCGAAGUUCUGGCCGAGUAAGGAGGAGUGGAUCGAAGUGAAGAUGGAAAUGAGGGAUAUCACGGAGGAAGAAGAAAAGGUGAUGAUGUAUGGUUGGCCGACGAAUGGAGUGGGUGUGUGGGUAUUGAGGUAUGGGAGUGCCAGUCAAAUGCCCCGAGAUUUUGGGAGAAUGAGUUUUGCGAUGAAUAUGGAUGAGAGGAUACAGAUUAUGAGAGAGUAUGGCGCUACGUUUGUUGAAGAUGUCACGCAGGUGGAGGAACUUUGUGAUGGCUCGUUUUGA